GCCAAAACGUUUUCUUCUAGUUUUUCGACAUAAAACUCUGUUUUUUUACGUUCACUGUUGGUUAAAUUUUCAAUAAUGGAUCAACAACACGUUGCAACCAGUUUGGAAAAUAUUCCUGUGGACAAAGGUUUGAACAUUGAGGUAGCAUCGGAGAAUGUUGGCCCAAAAACUGAUGUUGAAAUUGAACCCCAUUCAGAAUCGGAUGCCAGAGGCUGUGCCGGCACAGGCACUGCCACUGCUGCUGCUGCUGGCUCCACAGCAGGCUUAGGUUCUGAAGAUGGCAUGAAAGGAGCCACACCUGGCAGUGUGGAUAUGGUUACUGAUCCUGUACAAGCCACUCCAGCCGUUGGCACUUUUGAACCAAUUGCACUUCAUGACGCUAACACAACUAAUCCCGGAUUUAAAAAGCCAGUUAUGAUGUUUGGACCAAGGCCUGGUUUCAAAAAGGUCGACAAAAAAGUACAAGAUGUGUUGGCAGGUAAAGCUGAUGAACAGAAAAGGAAAAGCAGUGAUCAAAGAUCUGCAGUGUCACACGAAACUGAUAAAGACAUUAAUGUUGCCAACAAGAAUGCAAAACAGGAGGAACCGAAAAAAGAACGCAAGCAAAUAAUGUCUAGUCUUUCACCUGCAGAGCAGCUAAAACAGAAUUCAAUUUGUUUGCCGUAUAAGGAGCCAGUUUGGGGAGGACUUUGUGAAACAGGAGAUUACAGAUUUGAAGUGUUGAAAAAUGGUACAAUAAUAGACGAUGUUGACUUGCAAGUAAAAUCCUUUUUUGUUUUUGGCCGACUUCCCAGUUGUGAUGUCACAAUGGAACAUCCUUCCUUAUCACGAUAUCAUGCUAUUGUGCAGUAUUGUGCAAAAAAGAACAGUCUUCAUGAAAUUGGCUGGUAUUUGUAUGACUUGGAUAGUACGCAUGGAACAUGGAUAAACAAGAACAAAGUAAAACCUCGCGAAUACUUCCGUGUCAGAGUUGGGCAUGUUCUGAAAUUUGGAGGCAGCAGCAGACUUUUCAUAUUACAGGGUCCUUCAGAAGACCAGGAUGAAGAGGCAGCGCUAUCGAUAACUGAGAUGAAAGAACAGAGAGAGAAACAGAAGAUGGAAGCUCAGGUUCUGAGACAAGCUGAGAUGGAGGAGAGAGAACGAAAGGAAACAAUCCUUAAACAGGAUACGUCUUGUUCUUGGGGAAUUGACAUGGAGGAAGCGCGGGAAGUUGACGCAGAGAAUCCAUUUGCAGUGGAAACUCCCGUAAAUGAAAACUUGUACCUUGAAGACCCUAAGAAAGCCCUGAGAGGUUAUUUUGAAAGAGAAGGAUUCGAUAUACCACAGUAUGAGUUCAUUGAAGCAGGCUUUGGGAAGCAACACUGCAAAGUGGAACUCCCAGUUGACUCUCCAACUGGGGAGCCCAUCUUUGCUGAGGCAGUUGUGAGUGGAAAGAAAAAGGAGGCUGUGGUACAGUGUGCUUUAGAGGCUUGCAGGAUCUUGGACAGAAUGGGAGAAUUAAGGAAGUCUACACAUGAGAGUCACAAAAAGAAGGCUAGGAAUUGGGCGGAUGACGAUUACUACGAUAGUGAUGAAGAUACGUUCCUGGAUCGUACGGGAACGAUAGAGAAGAAGAGAAUGGAGAGAAUGAAGAAAGCGGGCAAACAUGAGUCUGCCGUGGAGACGUAUGAAACUUUGGUAGAGAAAUUGAAUUCCAUUCAAGUAGAGAUCAUGUCUAUAGAACGCCAACUGGAAAAGGCCAGAAAAGAUGCCUUACAGCAAGAGUCUGAUGAGGCAGAUGACCUAGAUGCCUACAUGUCGUCCAUCAAGUCAGGUGCCAUGGACAAGAGCAUGAGGAUGAAGCUCAAAGCUCGUUUGUUUGAACUCAAACAGGAGGAACAGAAACUGACAAGGCUUGUCAAUGUCGCUAAGCCAGCAUCAUUGCCCCAGUUAGUCAAAUCAGAUGUAAAGAAAGUGCCACCAUCCUCUGGUUCAUCCACUGCUCCAACUGCCCAUAAACCUUUACCGAUGUUUGGCAAGAUGAAAGGACCCACUGGACCAGGCCCAAGGAAAGUAGGACCAGUUGGACCACCAAAGCUAGAAGUGUCGGCUGUACCAGAGAGUGACAGCGUCGUAGAAGAAGAUGAAGAAUCAGACCCAGAUGAAGAACCUAUCAAACAAGCAGACGAUGCCAAGAUGAAGAAAGAAUCUGACAAAGAAGCAGAAAACACCACAAUGAAAAAAGACAUAUCACCUGCCCCUGUCACUGAAAUGGAUUCCUCGCCAUCCAUGAAGAAAAGUAAAAUAUUGUAUUUAGGCAAGAAGCCAGAACUAAAGCCAUCCAAUGCAUUGAAAAGAACGUUGAUCCCAGGAAUGGAUAAGAAAAUUGAGAAGAAGAAAUCAAAACCUGCCGUCGAGUAUGACGAAUCUGACCCAGACUACGCUGUAUGGAUGCCACCAAAAGAUCAGAGCGGUGAUGGGAAGACAAGCUUGAAUGACAAGUAUGGAUAUUGAACGCAUCAAGAAGAGAGGAUGUGUUGGUCUUCCGUGAAGUGCUUGGCGCCUUCUUAGUGUUGUUCCUCUCAGAUAUCUCUGGAGAGGCCUGCAGAUGACCUGUUUCUCUAUUCCUUAAAGGGACAGUAUAGGCAGCAGCUAGGCAGGCAAGAUAAAGUUACACAAAGCCGCCAAUAGGGGUCUCUCACAUCUCACAGUAGGUCGAAAGGAUUCACGCUUAGUGCGAGGAAUAUAUUUUGUGCUGUGACUGACAUGACCAAGGGCCUUACUGUGUAUACUAGUCACUUGAAGAUGGCCAUAUUAGCUCCUCUCCUCCUGCCUAUAGUCCCCCUUUAAGACUGGAUGAGUAUAAAAACUGCACUUCAGCAUUGUGUAUAACUGCAUUUCUAUUUUCCUGAACCACCAGUAAAAUAUAAACGUUCUACCCCUUUAAUUACGUGUCUUCUUUUAUGUUUGGAGACAAAUCAUUGUGAGGUGUUAAAACAAAGUCACAAUGACAAUUUCAUGGAGCAACGUGGUCAGAAACAGACAUGAAAUGUAUGAGCACCCACACAUCGGGAUCAAUAAAUCAUAUUUUGCAAUGAGUGCAUAUUAAAAGAGCCAUUUGUUUCCUGUGUGAAUUAUUAAUGUUUACUGUUUGGGUCCCAUGGCGGUGCAUCGAUUGUAUAGGUCCUGAUUAUUAUUAUUGAUUCAGCAGGAUUAGGCUGCAGCUGAUCAUAAUAUGGUUUGACUCAUUUUAUGGCUCGAGUUAAUCUCCAAUUAAUUAACUUUUUCAGAGUUAAUAAUACUGCUUGCAAAUUGCAUUAGGGUAACAGUCAUUGGAUUAGGAAAUUAAAAAACACUCCAUCUCCAUGGUAACUUUCUGGUCAACACCUGUUAGACAUUUUGUAACCAGUUCAGAUUACCUUCCAUGUUGCACCAGAGUGAGUGCUUAUUGCUACAUUGAUGAAUUACUUAUUGAUUUGUCAUUGUCCUCCGCGAUGUUGUCCGAUGGAAUCAUGGCGCUCUGAACAAAUCAGAUGGGACAAGAAUCUGUCCCAACAUCACUGUCACAAAGUGUUCUUUUCUUUUGAGUAAAGUAGUGUUUUAUUUUGUCACCAGUUGCUAGGGUGAAUUGAUGGCCUGUAACAACUGUAUUUCUUAAACAAGAGGAAAUUCAUUUUGUUUGUCGGUGAAAUGUACAUUCACAUAUGAAAAAGUGUAUAACACUUUAUCAUGAUAAGCGAUAUUGAUCGGAAUAAAUUUUGUAGUGAAA